AGAACAAAGCCUCUUGCCUUCCUCAUCACGCUUCCCCUCAUCUCGCCUCAUGCGCUCCGCCAUCCAGCCAACCACUCACUCGUACCACUUUCUCCUCGUCCGACGCGCUUGCCGAAUCGCAUUCGAGCGUGCCGCUAGCUGGGUUCCUCUUGAUCGCCACGUCGUUUCCGCUCGUCGCGGAAUCUCGCACCGCGAAUCACGCUGAUCGACUCGACGCACGAGAAUCUAGUCAGCACCUGCACACGUCGCACGCAACAGCCGUCGAUCAGACCCGACUCGCGAGCCCCGCGCGCAUACCUCCUAAGUCUCGUGAUUUUCGGCGAUGGCGAAUUUCUCGGCGGCCCUGCGACUGACCGACCUGAACGACUUCAUCGCGCCGUCGCAGGCGUGCGUCGUCACCGCGCAGGGGCAGCGCGUGGGCGGGGGAGAGCAGGGUGUGGGCGCAGCGGGGGAGGUGCAGCUGCGGGGAACAGGCGGGGGGGGAUUCGAGCAGACGAGGGGGGGACGGGAGGGCGAGGCGGUGAAGGUGACUCUGCAUGACUGCCUCGCGUGCAGUGGGUGUGUGACGACAGCAGAGACUGUGAUGUUGGAGCAGCAGAGCGCGCACCACAUGCUGCAGCACCUGCCACAGAGAGGCGCCCAGGGGGGCGAGCAGGGAGGGCAGGGGGACAAGGUGGUGGUGGUAUCGCUGUCACCGCAGUCGCGAGCUGCUCUGGCGGCCCACUAUAAGAUCACUCCGCUGCAGGCCUUCCGCAAGCUCACAUCGUAUCUGCACUCGCUGGGCGUGGCGGCGGUGUUUGACACGAGUGCAUCGCGCGACGUGGCGCUCAUGGAGGCGUGCCACGAGUUCGUGCACGCCUUUCGCUGCCACGCCGCUGCCACGGGCCAUGGCAACGGCCCCACUGGCACUGUGGCUCUUAAUGGCCAUACCGCCACUCCACGUGUGUCCUCUAGUCAAGUUGGCGGGCUUGCAGCCUCGGAAACAGCUGCAGCAGCAGCAUCACCAGCAGCAGCAGCAUCAUCAUCAGCAGCAGCAGCAGCAGCAGCGGAGCAAGAUAGAGGGCGGGGCGUGUCCGCCUCUCCCCCCGCCACACCUCCCCCCAUCCCCUCUGACUCGCUGCCGCAGCUGCCCGUGCUCGCCUCUGCAUGCCCUGGGUGGGUGUGCUAUGCGGAGAAGGCGCACGGGCACUACAUCCUGCCACACAUGAGCCGAGUCAAGAGCGCACAGCAGACCAUGGGGGCGCUGCUCAAGCGAUUCUAUGCCGCAAAACUCAACACCACCGCAUCGCAGCUGUUCCACGUGGCGGUGAUGCCCUGCUACGACAAGAAGCUCGAGGCGGCGCGCGACGACUUCGUCCUUGAGGGGGUGGCUGGGGCCGGCACGAAGGGCGAGAGGGAGGCAGAGGGGGGUGGGGAGAAGGUGACGGAGGUGGACUGUGUGCUGACAUCAGGGGAGAUAUUCACUCUGCUGCAGGAGCAAGGAGUGGAUUUCAUGGCACUGGAUGAGCGGCCUCUCGACACCAUGCUGACCAACGUGGACGCCAGCGGGUACCUGUACGGCGUGGCGGGCGGGUCAGGCGGGUACGCGGAGACCAUCCUGCGCUUCGCAGCCAAUGAGCUGUUCGGAGUGCAGCUGCCCCCGGGGCCGGUGGCGUGGCAGCAGGUGCGCAACGCGGACAUGCUGGAGAGCACCCUGGACGUGGGGGGGCAGGCGGUGCUGCGCGUGGCGUGUGCGUACGGCUUCCGCAACAUCCAGAACGUGCUGCGCAAGGCCAAGCAGGGCCGCUGCCCAUACCACUACGUGGAAGUUAUGGCGUGCCCGGGAGGGUGUUUGAAUGGGGGGGGGCAGAGGCCACCGGAGCAGCGCAAGGCACAGCCCACCAGGAGCUACCUGCAAGACCUGGAGGCGCACUACAUGGCUCAGGUGGACACAUGCAAUCCCUUCGACAACCCUCUAGCCCAGGCCAUCUUCUCGCACUAUCUCGGUGCUCCUCUCUCCCCAUCGGCGCAAGCUGUGCUGCACACUGCCUUCCAUGCUCGCCCCAAAACACUUGCGCUCUCUGCACCAACCCUUGCUGCUAGCUGGUAGCAUGUAUUAGGUGUGUGGUGAGGAGACUCAAAAUAACAGAUGACAAAUGCACACUAGCAUGAAUAACACCAUGUCAAAUUCUUGAUUGGUUAUUUUGCUUGGAUUUCGGCAGCCAUUCUGCCAGCCACACACAAGCCGGACCACCCUUGUCGAAUAUGUGUAAGCUUUGA